AUUUUUUAUAGAGGCGUACAAGUGCACCUGAUUAGAGCCGUGAAAAUACGCAUGUGAACUGCGGAGUAGACGAGAGCGAAUAUGCAUUGAAGCAAUUAUUUUAUCGGGUGGUUAGCACUGGUUGGGACGAGCCGUUUUGUUGUGGUACCAACCUGCACCGGUGUGAUGCUAGGCGGAGAGGAAAAGCUAGCUCCGGGUACCAAUAGGGUUGCUUGAAAUUGUACUCUAUUACAGAUGACAUUAUUCUGCAUUCAACAAAACAUUGGCCCACGGUAAAGUGUCGUCUUAGUCCGGACAUUUUUAGUUUCAAGGUUAGCAAAAUUAUAGGCUACAUCAUCGGAUUAAACCCCAAAUGCGUUAAAAAGCAAAAUAAUGUUUUUUUUUUUGUGUAAUUAGUAGACUAUAAAGUAAUUUGCAUGUAUUUUGUCUCCGCAAAAAUGCUUUGCAUACAAAUCUCCUUUUUAGGAAUAUGAGAUUUAUCUUGGCUGUCCACUCUUCUAAACCAUAGGUUUUUGGUUUAGUUCUGCAACGUUAAUCAGAACGACAAAUGGCUAAUACAGCCAGAAAGAGAUUUCUUUCUGUGUGCACUUCUUUUUCUGACGAAGAAGAGAUAGCAAGUCUCUGUCAAAAUGCCUGUGGUCCUGAUGCCAACCCCCAAGAACAACAGCAUCCUUAUGAAGCCAUGCUGUGCUGCCAUCGCCUCCACGACUCCCUGCUGAGCUCUGACAGCCGCUUCACAGCUUACAGAGGCAUUCUCAACUGGAUCAUUAUCCUCCUGGUGUUGACUCAUGCUCACUUGUUUCUGGAAAACUUUAUACAACAUGGGUUUUUGAUAGACUUGAAGAAGAUAAUGGAACAUCUGACCGAAAAUAACCUCAACUGGCCGUCUUUGAACCUUAUCCUGGCUGCCAACGUUUUUGCUGUAACAGCUUUGCUUCUGGAACAUUCCCAAGAGAAGGGGAAAUUGUCCUCUAGCCAUGCUCAUUGUUUACAUCUAGCAAACCUCGGACUACUUAUGAUGAUUUCUGCUCUUCCAACUCUGCUUUACCCUACAAUAUCAACAGGAGGUGCAUUCUUCACUCUGUGGUCCUACACUGUGCUGGGCCUGAAGCUGUAUUCGUACCACGAAACAAAUCGAUGGUACAGACAGGAAGAAGAGAAGAAUGAAUCAUGCUCGCCAAAAUCAGCUGAUGAACAUCUUACUUUUAAAGACCUUUACUACUUUCUGUUGGCCCCAACUCUUUGCUACCAGAGGGACUUUCCCCGUAGUCCCAAGGUUCGCAUGAGCAAUCUGCUGCACAGGCUUCUGGAAAUGGUGAUUCUCAUUCAGAUCAUGGUUGGAAUCGUACAGCAGUGGAUUGAGCCCAUCUUCCAGCGGUCAGAAAAUUCAUUCUCCACCAUGGACUUUACAAUGAGAGUAGAGCACUUGGUUGGACUUGUGGCACCCACCCAUUUCCUGUGGCUUCUGCUGUUCUUCUUGUGCCAUUCCUACCUCAACCUGUGUGCCGAGGUCCUGCGCUUUGGGGACCGUCAUUUUUAUGGAGACUGGUGGAACGCUUCGUCUCUGAUAACCCUCUGGAGGAACUGGAACAUUCCCUUUCAGAAAUGGGGCUACAGACAUAUGUACACACGGCUGGUGGAGGCAAAUGUAUGCCCCUGGCAAGCAGAGUUAUUGGUCUUCCUGUUGUCUGCCGUUCUCUGUGAGUAUGUGAUUGCGCUACCUCUUCACAGCUGUCGAAUGUGGAUCUUUCUCACAAUGGUAUUUGAGCUUCUGGUCACUGUUUUCCUCGGACGAUAUUUCACGGGGAACUAUGGCAAUGGCCUGGUGUGGCUGUGUCUGCUGCUGGGACCUCCCCUGGCAGUGACCAUGUACUUUCACGACCAUUACUUGGCCUUCGUCAUCACCACCAACAGCAGCUCUCCCCAUCAUCAUCCUCAGUCAGGACAGUAACAACACCAUCCUGACUGUAACCUGAUUAUCGUGGGUCUCUGUCUGUGGAUGCGCGGACCUGAAGUCUUCCUCUUUUUCAUAUAUUUUUUUUUUUACCAAGUAACAGCAAGACUGAGCAACUUUUGCACCAAUUAUAUAAGGGUGAAGGAAUUAAGCAGCCAUGAAGGCAAUAAAGAUGCAAAAAAAGGUUAAACAGAACUGCGGGACAAGUUGUUUGUUUGAAAAAUUGUAUGUAUGAGUAAAACAUGGAAAAUAAAGCUGCUGCUUUGUUUAUUGUCAUCUGAUCGUAUCGGGCUCUGUUUAAUCAUCUAACGAGUCUCAUACAUAAUCAUUAGGACAUUUAAGAAAUGUACUCCUGGUCAUACAAGUUCAAACAUGGAGGUGUUAAGCAUGUUAACGUUGGUUAUUUCAUCAUGUGUUGUACUGCCUUAGUAAUAACGUAUUACAAAGUAUAUUUAUUUAUUUAUUCUGUUUUUGAUAAUACAUUAUUGAGAACAUUUCAAUUUAAUGAAAACGUCCCUGACAAUCUAACUACAGUUUAAUUAAUAAAGUGGUUGUUUUGUCUGUGUUAUGUUAUUAAAUUGUCUUUGUUAUUGCCA